GUUGUGCCAGAUUUUCAGUCAGGACCACUUACCCAGUAACCAUAUUUGAUGGUGCCUAAUCCAGGCUACAUUGGUCUUCCUCCACCAACUUGGCCUACUCCAGGAUGUAUGGGCCCUCCACCACCCCCUCUUCCAAUUUCGAUUCCUCCUCCGUCUCGCAAUUCCAGCCUAUUAGUUGAUUCAGAGACACCUGGAAGCUCUAGUACAUCUCCUCCAUCAGAAACUGCAUCGGUUCCUAAUGUUGUCACAAAACAAAGAUUGGUUCCAGAUGGAAAAAUAAGUUGGUUACCUUUCCCUCCUGGUUCGCAAAAGAUUACAGAGAUCAUCAAGAAACGGUAUGAUAAACCAUAUAAAAAGUUUGGGGAUGUCCCUCUUCUGACAAAGAAGUUUUGGUUUAAGGAGUGGAAGAGCCAUUUUCUUAUUGAUGACGAUGAUGAGGAGUUUUUUUGGAAGGCUUUCAAAUAUAGGACAAGUAAGCGAUUUAGCCAAAUGAUGUCGGAUAUCCGUGAGGGUGUGGAUACAACCCACGAAUGGCUAAUUCCUGCUUACAAAAAGUUGUUGGAAAAGUACUGGGAAACGGAUGAGAAAUGGAAAAAUAUAAGGAAAAAAGCGAGGGAGAAUCGAGCGUCACUCUUAGGUGGUUCUGUCCAUUGCGGUGGUUCUAUUCCACUGAGCUCAACUAUAGAGAGGAUGAAGAAGCAGUUAGACCGUACACCAACUCAUGAGGAAGUCUUCAAGGAAACCCACACACUUAAAAGUGACAAGUCUAAAUGGGUGGACAAACGCUCUCAAGACACUCAUGAGAAGUUUAUAAAAAAGUUAGCAGAAGUUCAGGCCCAACAUGUCGAGGCUCAAGCACAAGGAAUGGAGCUACCACCAAUUGAUGAAGAUUUGAUUUGGGAGGAAGUGUGUGGUGGGCAAAAGAAGAAUCGAGUUUACGGAAAAGGAGCAUUCUUUUCUAGCUCUAUUAAGUCUAGAACCACUUCUGCCAACUCUGUAUCUGGAAGAGCAUCUACAAAUCAAAAUUCUACAGAUGAGCGUAUUAGUAAGUUGUUAGAUACACACUUGGCUCCUUUGGAAAAGACUCAAAAGAAGUUAGAAAAGUUAGAACGGGCAAUUGGAAAGGCCAAGAAGGAAAAGCUGAAACAGAAGAGAUGGAAUGAGGCUUAUGUUAGCUAUUACAAGAAGGUUAGAGCGUCAAGUAGUUCCACUACUGCUCCACUACCACCGCCACUGUCACCACCGCCACCUUCAAUCUCUUCGGAUGAAGACUAUGAUGAUGAUAGGGAUGAAGAUGACACUGAGGACUAUAGUUGA